GUUUAGAAAACCCCUCAGUGUGUCAUUCAUGAAGCCACUACAGAGGACGCAGGACCUGAAGGAGAAACACAUGCUGUAAACUGUCUGACUGGAUAAAGUUUUAUUGUGAGGAGCUUAAAUAAACAACAGCUUCAAAGAUGAAGACACCAUCAGUGCUGAUCUCUGCAGCAGUUUUGGCGCUGCUGCUCAGCCCGCUGAGGAGUACAGGUGUUGCCACCUUUCAAGGCGCUUUCCCACACACAAACAAAUACAACCCAAACGAAUCGGAUAGAUGCCAACAACCCGCCAUCAGCGGACUACUUUCCCGAGGGACGGGGCCUGUAACCUCAACCGACGAAGUGCUGGAGUCCAGUCAGGAAGCGCUGCACGUCACGGAGCGUCGGUACCUGCGGCUAGACUGGUGCAAGACGCAGCCGCUGAAGCAGACCAUCCACGAGGAGGGCUGCCUGACCCGCACUAUCAUCAACCGGUUUUGCUACGGACAGUGCAACUCCUUCUACAUCCCGAGGCACAAUUACCAGGACGGAGACGCCUUUCAGUCCUGCUCUGCCUGCAAACCCAAAACCUUCAGCACCAUCACUUACACCCUCUUCUGCCCGGGUCAGAUACCCAGCACCAGGAAGAAACGGGUCCAGCGCGUGAAGCAGUGCCGCUGCACAACAAUAGAUACGGAUUAGACGCAAACUAACACAUCCAGGUCGAUAAUAACCUUUUCCACUGAAGUGCAGCUUUGUGAAAAAAAAUAAAAAAACGGAAAGUGGUUUUUGCUUAAAGGACACAUGAGAAUAAAGUGGGAAUAGGAAGGUGAGGAACUUACCUGAGCCUUUUCUUUAUCAUUGUAAGUGGUCGCUUCAGGUGCCAUGUUCCCUCUAUGAUGAUACUUUGACCUGCAUUUAAUAUUAUCUCACUGACCAAAAUAUCUUGUCACUUAUCAGUCAUUGCUUCCACAAAGUCAAGGGUUUUUUUGUUUGUUAACAGAUUUGAAGGAUUUGGUUUUAGAUGCAGGAACUUUGCCAAAGUUUAGGGUUUAGUUAAGUGAACUGAUGGCCUUGUGUUUAAGCUUAAGGCAGGCUGGUUUGUAACAAUAAUAUCAAUAUUUGUUGCAGACAUGCAGGUCAAUGGAUGUGCAACACAUGUACCUUAUUAGAAUGUGUGUAAGGACACAUCUUCAAAGGACUCGGAUGGUUGUAUUGUUUCCACUGUGUGGGAUGUAAAACUGAAGGCUUUCAUGAUAUACCAAUUUUUUUUUUACAACCUGCACUGCUAAAUGCCACUUCAUUUUAUCACUGUGUGUAUAAUAUGUGUAUCACUGCCUGUAAAUAAAACAGUUAAGCUAUUACAUCACA